UUUAAGGGACUAGGUUUGUAUUUGGGAUUGAGUCAUGAAAUACUCCGAGCAAUGGCUGGAGAUAACGUUUGUUACAUGAUGCCAGGUUUCUCAUGAGUUUUUCUGCAAGUGUGUACCAGGGUUCCACCAAGUCUAUUUUGGAGCCAUGGGCAUGUUCCGUAUCAUUUCUCUGACCAUGGCGAGAAUGAGCACCAUCAGACCUCACCAGGUCGCCCUGCUCCUCGCUGCUGCCCUGGCCGUGAUGGCUUUCUACUACUUAGGCUCGGAAAAGCAGAACUUCUCCAGCACCACCAAACGGAUCAAGGAGACGCAGGCGAGUCACAAUUCCAACCGCGACGACGCCGAAUUCUCGCCGGACACCGGAUACUCACUUCACGAGGAGAACCGAGUGCCAAGGCGCCACUCCUACCAUGCUCUCAUGAUGUUCACGAAGAUCAACACGAGCCGGACGAUGCAGAGCAAGUUCGAGGUGGCCAUGCGCUCCAUGGCAAGGCACGGGCGAUUCCGAGAAGACGAGAUUCUGGUUCUUCAUUAUGUUUCUGACGCAGGGAGUAAGGAACUGGGCAUGAGGAGGCUUCCAGAGCUUCUGCAGGAUGCGACUUUUCAGUAUGAGGUGGUGUUUCAUGAUGUUAAUGACCUGACAGAGAAGCUUUUCCCAAUUGUCAAGGCCAUGCAGAAGCAUUUCAGUGCAGGCUCUGGGACUUAUUACAGCGACGCCAUCUUCUUUCUUUCUGUGGCCAUGCAUCGCAUCAUGCCUAUAGAAAUGAAGCGUAUCGUGCAGUUGGACCUGGAUCUGAAGUACAGGACGAACAUUCGAGACCUGUUCCAGCAGUUCGAGCGCUUCCCCCCCGAAGCGGUAAUCGGAAUCGUGCGAGAGAUGCAGCCUGUAUACAGACACACCUUCUGGCAAUAUCGCAAGGAAAACCCCCAGUCCCGCGUAGGCGAUCCGCCUCCAGACGGCCUUCCCGGCUUCAACAGCGGCGUGAUGCUGCUGAACCUGGAGACCAUGCGCCGUUCUGAGCUCUACAACCGGCUUCUCGAACCUGAACACGUCGCUCAACUCACCGAGAAAUAUCGCUUCCGGGGCCACCUGGGUGAUCAGGACUUCUUCACCAUGAUCGGCAUGGAGCAUCCCGAGCUCUUCCAGCGUCUCGACUGCGGCUGGAACCGGCAGCUGUGCACCUGGUGGAGGGAGCACGGCUACGGCGACGUGUUUCAACUGUACUUCCGUUGCCAUGGCCCCGUACACAUUUACCAUGGGAACUGCAAUACUCCUAUACCCGACGACUGAGGAGUUACAGGGGUUUUCGCACGUUUCGAACCUGCUCUAUUGUGUGCAAGAGACAAAUGACCAAUGAAUGAAAAAAUGAGAAGAAACUAGGCCAUGCCUCCAUUUCUUUAGCUCUACACAAUUAGCCGGAUGAAUGAUUCGCAUUCCUUUAAUAUACCUUUGCUUCUUUCAUCCAUUUUGGAACGAAUUCCAGCCAGCUCGCGUUAAUGCCUUCUGCGUUUUAGCAUCAAAUAUUGUAACAUUGGUUUAAAUCCGUGCUUCAUUCGCAAUCAAGCGCCACAUCGAGGACCACUUGGUUCCGCCCCAUGAUGGAGGCCGCGAUUCAAAAUCUGAGAGUGCUGGCACUCAUGGUAUCUCUUACACCACUCGAGGUUUCGCAUUUUGGAAACCGUAGAAAGAAGGGCAGAGCAGGAACCACACCACUGCAAGUUGUAAAGCUUUGUUGACCUCAUUUUUUUUUCUUUUUUAAAUCCUGCUAAUCAGCUCCUUUCCAUGUCCAUUUUUGCAGAUUAGGACGCGUCAGUUGCAUCACAGGAAAUAAACCCAAGCAGACAAAUGUUUAACACAUGCCAGAUUGGUGGAUGGUGGAUGGCUGGUUUCCCAGAAAAAAAAGAAAAAAAAAUGGCAUGCUUAGCAAGAUGCACUAGCAUAGCCUCGCGGGUGGGAAUCGGGAUUCCAGGAUUAUUUCCGCUCUGUAUGAGCAAAACUGCCGGUUAUUUCUAAGCAAGCAAAGUUUCUGGCCGAUUCCGACCCGAAAGGGUGCUGAGGGUUCGCUUUCUAAUUGGGUACGCUGUAUGACGAGGUAACAAAGCGCCUGAUUCAAAUCCAAUAUUGUCCGGUACAGUGGGGUCCUCGAUACAUUACAGCGCAAACCAAUUUUUUUAUUAUUAGGUUUCCCUUUUCAGUCAGAAUGUCUAGCAGUGUAUAAUGUGUGUAUGGGCAGGCAGAGGGUUGCCAGGUAUGAGCAAAAAUGUCCAUACUUGCUGAUCCUAAUAUUAAAAAUGGCAGGAAAAUGCCUAAAAGUUUGGAUUAUAAACUAUUUAUUGUCCAGGUUGCCACCUAGUAGAACAUUUCAUUAGAGCAUUUGCAUAAUACAUUGUUGUGUAUGAGGAGGCUCAGUGCAGUCAUCCACUUAAAAGCUAUGCUGAUUUUAUUAUUUAGAUUGAAUCUGCUAGGGAGAGAGUGAAUGAGUGUGAGUGAGUGAACGAGUGUGAUGUAGUGACUGAAUGAGUGUGAUUGAGCAAGUGUGUGAGUAAUUGAACAAGUGACUAAGUGAAUGAAUGUGUGAUUGAAUGAGUGAGUGAGAUUGUGUGAUUGAAUGAGUGAGUGAGAUUGUGUAAAUGAGUGGACAAUUGAGUGUAUGGUUGAAACGGUGUGUGAGUGGACAAUUGAGUGUGUGGUUGAACGAGUAAGUGAAUGAGGGAGCGCUUUAUUGAGUGAACAAGUAAGGAUUUAAGUGAAUGAUAGUGAGUUUGUGAGUGUGCAAGUGAUUAAACAAGUGAGUGGGAUUGAAUGGGUGAGUGUGUUGGUGAUCAAACAAAUAAAUGUGUAAUUGAAUGGAAGAACAAGUGAAUAUGUGGUUUAAUAACUGAGUGUGUGACUAAAUGGGUGAGUGUGUGAGGAACAAUAAGUGAAUGAGUGAGGGAGUCAGAGAAAAAAAAUGAGUGAGUAGAUGGAUGAAUGAGAGAGUGAGUGUGAAAGUGGUUUUGUGUGUGUGUGUGUGUGUGUGUGAUAGAGAGAGAGAGAUAGACUGACUGCAAGAUAUCAGCACAGAUGCAAUGCUAUUUGCGCCAACCAGUGUGCCAUGACUCCAGGAUUCUAGUAUUAGAUUAGUAUUAGUAUUGAAGGGUUUAUUUGGUGUAAGAUUUGGGGCCAUUAUAUAAACAGUGGUGUUGUUAAUAAUGCGGUUUGAUGAUCGUGUCAUUGGAUACACUCACGUGUCCAAUCCGCAGACUCCUAUUGUUCCAUUUAUCAUCUAGAAUGUUGAAAGUAUACAGUACUGGCACAACAGUUUAUCCAUGACAUUCAAACCUCAAGUACUGUAAAGUGCGGCUACAUAUGAAAUUAAAUAAUUAAUUAAUUAAA